AUGGCCGGGAAAGUAGUACUUAUAACUGGACCAUCUUCCGGCAUCGGCAAGCAAAUUGCAUACCAAUAUGCAAGGAGAGGGGCUCGUUUAGCGCUUGUUGCUAGAAGAGAGGAUCGUCUUCAACAAGUUGCAAAUGAAGCCAGGAAGAUGGGUUCGCCAGAUGUUAUAACGGUAUGUGCUGAUGUUUCCAAGGUUGAAGAUUGCAAGAGAUUUGUUGAUGAGGCAAUGGAACAUUUUGGACAGAUGGAUCAUCUGGUGAAUAAUGCUGGGAUUGCUUGUGUUGACUUGUUUGAAGAAAUUACCAACAUCUCUGAUUUGACUUCUGUAAUGGACAUAAAUUUUUGGGGUUCAGUGUAUGGAACUUAUUUUGCAGUUCCAUACCUAAGAAGAAGUCAAGGGAAAAUUAUUGUGAUCUCUUCAGCUGCUGGAUAUCUCUCUUUACCAAGGUCAAGCAUCUACAAUGCAAGCAAGGCAGCCUUAAUAAGCCUAUAUGAAUCACUGAGGGUGGAAUUUGGUUCAGAUAUUGGGAUAACUAUUGUGACUCCUGGGCUUGUGAAGUCAGAAAUGACCACAGGCGAGCUACAAUCAAAGGCUAAAUUUCAAAGCAUCCCUAUUGAAUCAGCUGAAGAGUGUGCUAAAGCAAUUGUGGACAGCGCUUGCCGUGGAGACAGGUAUUUGACAGAGCCAUCUUGGAGCCAAAAGGAAUUCAGCUGGUUGGUUGAGAAAGCUGUCCGGACAACCACAUGGGCAGGAAAUGACCAACUACCCACCGACCAACAUGUGGCUUACGAGUACGCUAGGAGAGGAGCUCGUUUAGCCCUCGCCGCAAGAAGGGAGGAGCGUCUUCGAAUCGUCGCUCAAAAAGCCCUUCAACUGGGAUCGCCGGAUGUUUUUGUAAUCCGAGCAGACGUUUCCAAUGUUGAAGACUGCAAGCGAUUUGUUGACGAGGCAGCGAACCACUUUGGCCAAUUGGAUCAUUUGGUUAAUAAUGCGGGGAUGCUUCUUUCUGACUUCUUUGAAAAUUGCACAAACGUCUCUGAUUCGGCUCCCGUUAUGGAGAUGGCUGUUUACAAAGUUCAUUGCACGCAAUUCGCGAUUCCACACUUGAAGAAAACCAAAGGCAAGAUUGUUGGGAUUGCAUCAGUGGCUGCUUGGUUAACACCACCAAGAUUGAUCAUCUACAACGCAAGCAAGGCAGCCUUAGUGAGCUUUUACGAGACACUGAGGAUUGAAUGUGGCCUAAAAAUUGGAAUAACGAUUGUGACUCCUGGAGCGAUCGAGACAGAUAUUCUUACACAGGAGUUAAAGGAACAAAACGUGCCAUUGAAACCUUCCGAGAGAGAUGAGAUUCCUAAGAGAGUCAGUGGAAAGAUGCGCCAAGGAAAUUGUGAAGAGCAGUUGUCGGGGAGACAUGUACCUGACAGUGCCAUCUGGGGCCAGAUCGCCCCUGCAGCCUUAAUAGCACUCUUCAGCUUCCUAAAGAAUUACCACUUUUGGCGGGUUGUGUUUUCCACUUUGAGGACAAUAUUCAGGGAAGAUGUAGCAGGGAAAGCAAUACUCAUCACAGGAGCAUCCUCUGGCAUUGGCGAGCAUUUGGCGUAUGAGUAUGCUAGGAGAGGAGCUUGUUUAGCCCUUGUUGCAAGAAGAGAGGAACGUCUGAUACAAGUUGCUGCCAUGGCUGAGCUGAUUGGGUCCCCUGAAGCUAUUUUCAUCCCUGGAGAUGUUACCAAGGUCGAAGAUUGUGAAAGAUUUAUCGAUGCAACAGUGAAGCACUUCGGCCGAUUGGAUCAUCUAGUGGCCAACGCUGGGGUUGCACCAUUGGGCAAGCUUGAAGAUAUCCCUGAUCUCACUACUUUUGCACCAGCUAUGGACAUAAAAAGUAGCAAUGGAAAAAUCAUAGCGAUUGCUUCAGUUGCCGCAUUUCUACCUACCCGACGACUAAGCUUCUAUAAUGCAAGUAAAGCAGCUGUAUAUAGCAUGUAUGAGACACCGAGAGUAGAAUUGGGAUCGAAGAUCGGAAUAACAAUUGUUAUUCCUGGAUUGAUCAAGUCAGAAAUGACACAAGGAAAAUUCCUAAACCAGCAAGGCAGAUUGGAAUUAGAUGAAGAAACGAGGACUGCUAUGAUAGGUAUGACGCCAGUGGAGUCUACCACAGAGUGUGCCAAAGCAAUUGUGAAUGGUGCAUGCCGAGGAGAGAAAUACCUGGUUGAACCAGCUUGGUACCGUUCCCUAUUUUAUUAG